UAGAAACGGAGGGAGUAUACACGUACCUGCAAAGCGUAAAGCCAGCCAAGAUGAUAUCAAAUCAGGGUGCUUAAUGCGUCCGUAAUUAAUUAACCAGGGCGCGUGCAAGUGCAAGGCUUCAUGGGAACCACAUUGCUUGUCAAUGGAAGCGGAGACCACACACGCUCGCCACGUUGGGAACCGCAUAUCUUCUCCAUCGCCUUGCUUAAUGACUGAAUUACACGUUGCUUGCUGACUGACUAGAAGCCUUUUUGCCACACUGAAAGGUACUAGUAGAAUGCAGAAUGCACUUCACCAGGCCCCCCAAUCAUAUCUUCUCCAUCGCCCACAAAUUCAGUCAUUAUUCAACAGAUGGAACUGCACCGUCUCUAACCACCAGUUUCAGUCGCAAUGCUAAUUAAGCCAACCAGAUCCUAUGAUUCUCAAGCAGUCAAAUCUCAAGGGAAUAAAGCGGCCAAUGUAGCUCAAGAAAAAACUAAAUGAUCACAGGUUCAGAAACAAAAGGAGCUGCACACAUGUCUAGUAUACAUACAUGUGUGUCAUCACAUUCAGAGAGAGGUUUCCUUCUCAGUUCAGGAUGGUCCAAAUAUUUGUGUUUGAAACCCAACUAUAACAGGAAACAUCACACUGCAAACGUCACGCAUACAUACGGAACCCAGUGAGUAGUCAACCCAACACACGGUAGAGGCGUAUGCUUCACCUUGCAAACAUGACGUACCUACCACACUUUCAGAGGAUACAAAUUAAGGCGGCUUCAGAACAGGUCUUGUUCUAGUCAUGUGCUCAUGUACCCAUAACAAAUACUCCCUCUGGAAUAAUGAACAAGUACUCCCGUAUGCAUCGCCCAGAUGCAGAGGCCGAGGGUCAUCCUCCUUUUCUAAAAAAAAAGUAACAGCCCAUUCACAAGGCAAGAAUGGGCCAUAAACAUGUGACAUGCCGGAAAUUGAACACAUCAUGUGCUAGACCGAGCACGAGCUUUUCAACUGAAUGUUCACAGAGAAUAGAUUGAUCAGGUGCAUGAACAAUAAACAUUAUCAUGACACUCCAAUCAAGAGAAGCACAUCAAUAUAUGGCAUAUAAUUGAUCAGUGCUCACCGAAAUUGUUCAGUCCCUGAAUCUGGAACCCAUUGUUGUAUUCCUCGCACGUUGCCUGUAGCCAUGUUUUCGACACACCUCUUGUUGGCUACGUGGUUCGGUAUGGCAGCCGCAAAUGAUAAGAAAGCAGACCCAUGCCUACCAAUUGCAACUAUAGGCUCCAGCAUACACCAACAUUUGGCCCCACUCCCCUGCCAACUUUUCUCAAUGACAAGCACAGUUCACCGUCAAGACGUCCUUCCCCUGGCCUAUAAAUUCAGCAAGUGGCUCAGCUCAACACCAUCACUUCUUCAUCCGCUCAUCCCUGCAACAUCCAUAGCUCACUUCUUCAGAUCUCCAGCUGAAAAUUCAAAGACCGAGAAUCAACUAUGGUCGGUGCCAAGAGACUUGCUCAAUUGGCGAAGAAGUUGCAGAGGGUGGAAGCACUUGGGAGGAAGAGGCUCACGGCGUCAGCCAAAGAAGAUGAAGACUGCUACAGUUCUGUACCAGCCAAGGGCCACUGUGUCAUGUACACGGCUGAUGGGGGGCAUUUUGAGGUCCCGUUGGAGUACCUCAGCACGACGGUAUUCGGUGAGCUCCUGAGGAUGUCCCAGGAGGAGUUUGGCUUUGCGAGCGAUGGCGAGAUCACACUGCCCUGUGAUGCUGCAGUGAUGGAGUAUGCCAUGUGCUUGCUCAGGAGAAAGGCCUCCGCCGAGGUCGAGAGUGCAUUGCUGAGCUCUAUGGUAACGUCUUGCCACUACACUGGCUGUGUGAUGCCUACUGUUGGAGACAGCAACCAGAUUUACUGUUUGUAGCUUCUGAAGAACAUGCAUUCAGGACCCUGAUGAUGUCUUCUGUCUUGUGUAGUUUGG